AUGUCCAGAGACGCAAGACACCUCGAUGCAGGGCAUGAAAGCCUCGCCAUCAACAAUACCUGCAUCCGCCGCUUCCUUACUCUUGUUGCCCUCAAGACUACCGCACGGUUCUUUCAUCGCCAAGGCGCUUGCGUCCCCAUUUCGAGACGCCUAAUCGUCAAGUCGGAUGCCUUUGUCGACUUGACAGAAGGAGCAACAAUGAAAUUUGUCGCCAACAACACCUCCGUCCCUAUACCCAAGGUCUGGUGCUCCUUUACUCGCAAUGGACGCGUAUACCUUGUCAUGGAGAGAAUACGAGGCGAUUGCAUCGCGAAAGGAUGGGAUGAUCGAUCCAAAGAAUCCAAGGACAAGCUCUUGGCGCAGUUGAAGCUCAUGGUGGAAGAAAUUCGUUCGCUUCAGCCUCGCCCUGACGCGGGGGUCGAGAGCUGCGUUGGCGGGUCGUUAUUCGAUAGCCGGAUGCCCCGUCCAGAUCGCCGCUUCGGCCCUUUCCAAACCAUACAAGAAUUUCACUUGUGGCUGAGGGACAACUUGCGGCCCUCGGAAGCCGAGAAGCCUGAGCAGGCGGCUGAACAAGAUUGGAAGGACGUCAAGGACAUGGCCGCUCGACAGGACGGGCCUUGGCCUCGGCCAGUCUUCACGCACGGUGAUUUGAACCCAUGCAAUAUAAUUGUCCGAGGGGAUAAAGUUGUUGGCAUCAUCGACUGGGAAUUUUCUGGUUGGUAUCCAAAUUAUUGGGAAUAUACGUCUGCGUGGUGCACCCAGAUAUUGAGAACAGAGUGGCAGGAUCUACUCAGCAGCUUCUUGGAGCCAUUCCCAGAGGACUUGGAGAUGGAAAGGACUAGGCAGAGGUGGUGGGGAGAGAUCUGA